AAAAGCUCAACCUACCAACACCAUGGUCAGUUCCUGUUGUGGCUCCACCUGCUGUGGUCCAAGCUGUGGCUCUGGCUGCUGCCGGCCCAGCUGCUGUAUUUCUAGCUGUUGUCGCCCCACCUGCUGUGGGUCCAGCUGCUGCCAACCUUGCUGCUGCCGCCCUACCUGCUGCAUAACUAGCUGCUGUCGCCCCAGCUGCUGCCAGCCCUGCUGCUGCCCCACCUGCUGUAUUUCUAGCUGCUGCCAACCUUGCUGCCGCCCUACCUGCUGCACAUCUAGCUGCUGCCAGCCCUGCUGUCCCCCCUGCUGUUGUAUUUCUAGCUGUUGUCGCCCCAGCUGCUGCCAGCCUUGCUGCCGCCCCACGUGCUGUAUUUCUAGCUGCUGCCAACCUUGCUGCCGCCCUACCUGCUGCACAUCUAGCUGUUGCCAGCCCUGCUGCUGCCGCCCCACCUGCUGCCAUAUUACCUGUUGCAGAACCAACUGUUGCAGACCAGCCUGCUGUCAGCUUUUGUGUGGGAGCCAUGAACUGCUGAAAAUGAAAGAUCCGAAAGAGGAAGUUGGGGUCCCCCACUACAAGAAGGAAGAAGGGAGGUGGUGGCUGACAUUAGUUAGGAAUGGUGAGCAAUUGAACAGAGGUGUGAGAGCUCAGCAGCAAGAAGUCCCACAGCAGGCUGGUCUGCAACAGUUGGUUCUGCAACAGGUAAUAUGGCAGCAGGUGGGGCGGCAGCAGCAGGGCUGGCAACAGCUAGAUGUGCAGCAGGUAGGGCGGCAGCAAGGUUGGCAGCAGCUAGAAAUACAGCACGUGGGGCGGCAGCAAGGCUGGCAGCAGCUGGGGCGACAACAGCUAGAAAUACAACAGCAGGGGGGACAGCAGGGCUGGCAGCAGCUAGAUGUGCAGCAGGUAGGGCGGCAGCAAGGUUGGCAGCAGCUAGAAAUACAGCAGGUGGGGCAGCAGCAGGGCUGGCAGCAGCUGGGGCGACAGCAGCUAGUUAUGCAGCAGGUAGGGCGGCAGCAGCAAGGUUGGCAGCAGCUGGACCCACAGCAGGUGGGGCGACAACAGCUAGAAAUACAGCAGCUGGGCCGGCAGCAGCCAGAGCCACAGCUUGGACCACAGCAGGUGGAGCCACAACAGGAACUGACCAUGGUGUUGCCAGAAGCUCAACCUACCAACACCAUGGUCAGUUCCUGUUGUGGCUCCACCUGCUGUGGCCCAAGCUGUGGCUCUGGCUGCUGCCAGCCCAGCUGCUGUAUUUCUAGCUGCUGCCGCCCCAGCUGCUGUGGGUCCAGCUGCUGCCAGCCCUGCUGCCGCCCUACCUGCUGCAUAACUAGCUGCUGCCAGCCCUGCUGCCGCCCCUGCUGCUCUGGGUCCAGCUGCUGCCAGCCCUGCUGCCACCCCUGCUGCUGUAUUUCUAGCUGUUGUCGCCCCAGCUGCUGUGGGUCCAACUGCUGCCAACCCUGCUGCCGCCCCACUUGCUGCACACCUAGCUGCUGCCAACCUUGCUGCCGCCCUACCUGCUGCAUAACUAGCUGCUGUCGCCCCAGCUGCUGCCAGCCCUGCUGCCGCCCCACCUGCUGUAUUUCUAGCUGCUGCCAACCUUGCUGCCGCCCUACCUGCUGCACAUCUAGCUGCUGCCAGCCCUGCUGCUGCCAGACUACUUGUUGUAGAACCACCUGCUGCAGACCAGCCUGCUGUGGGUCAUCCUGCUGUUGAGCUCUCCCAUCUAUGUGCAAUUGUCUACCAUCCCUAAUCUAUAUCAGACAGCUACCAGCUCCCUUCUUCAUCUGCCUCACUAGGAGAACAGGUGGUUCAUUGUAAUCAGUUACCAAUCGAUCCACAUGAGAACCAUUGGGAAACAAAAACCAGUACCUUCAUAUCAUCUAAUGACAGCUCUCUCUGGCCAUCCAUCUCCAUAUGAACACUAACUUUUAUUGAAUUAAAAUCCAUCAACUAAAAUGCUUACUCAUUCUGCCAACCCCCCAACGCCCAUUAUCUUCUUCCUUGACUUUUGGUCACUGGGGUGUGCUGAUUGACUAGAAGAAGAAUAUUAUUCCUGUAGUGGCUCCACCGGCUGUGAUCCAAGUUGUGGCUCUGGCUGCUGCCACCCCAGCUGCUGUAUUUCUAGCUGCUGCCAACCCAACCAAUGUUUUAGCUAACACCAAGAUGCCAAAGAUGGAUCUCCCCAAUUCCCUGUCAUAACAAUUUGUCUUUUUGUUAGUGUUUCUCAAAUUCCAAAUAAAACUUCCAAGCCAU